CCCAAGGUAUUCCUGUAAUGACUUACAACUGUACAUUCAUUAAUACAGGAUUUGACCGCUCAGUGGGGCGAAUAUAAUUUCAAAAUAUUUGUUUAAGAGUACGUUAGGUUACUACGCCAACUAAAAGUUUACAGCACUAUAUGAAAAUUUCGAAUGAGAUGCAAUUUUUAUAUGCAGUUUCUGCCUGCAAACGACAGUGAAACAAUUGAAAUGGUUAAGAACGUCCUGAUGAAGCAAAUAGCCAGAUAACGCAAGUACAGUACCGUACGAAAUUACGACAAGUCAUAGAGUGACAAACGUUUUAACAGAAAUGUGCAAACAGUGCUGAUGCAACAUUGGGACUACUGAAGAAGUGUAGACUACAUACACGACAUUCUCGAACUGAAUAGCUAAAAGAUCAAAAUAUUUAGAGGAAGGGCCAGAGCUAUAGACCAAAAUAUUUAGAACUGAAGACCAAAAUAGUUAGUAAAGACCAAAAUAGCCAGAGCUAAAGACCAAAAUAUUUUGAGGAAGGGCCAGAGGAUGGGCUCACGAAGCCGAAGGACGUCCUUAUUUGCUUUGGAGAAUCCAGUCUUAGAUCAUGGUAUAGCGGUUGUAUGUCAUGCUGACCAUCCGAAGAAUGAACAUUUCGGUCAUACAAAACUGAUGAACAUACAGGAAGAUGAUCUGCAAGAGGAGUCUUUGUUCAAUGAUGAUAUCGUUCGACAUCUUAUGAGAGAGGUGUUUGAAUAUCGUUUAAAUGGCAUAGAGUAUCGUAAGAAAGAGGGCGAGGAACUGUGUAAACAUAUCAUCACAGAUAUUCAAAAAAAAAUUGCAGUUCUUGACUACAAACGUUACAAGAUAAUAUGUACGUGUGUCUUAAGCGCCAUUGAUAAACCACCACUAUGGUUGGAAAGUCGUUCCACAUGGAACGGUGAGUUAACUAGUGCGGAUAAGGAUCGUUUCGUAGAACUAGUUUUCAAAAACAAAGAGUUUUAUGCCAUUGCAACUGUAUUUGGUAUGUAUAAUGACAAGGAUUUUAGAAGAAGAACUCAAAGAGAAACAUUGUUUUGCAAAAAUUAUUGAACGUGCGUGAUUAUAUACCAACGUGUAUCCAAACAUGUAUACUUCGAAUUUGUGUGUCGUUUUUACCCUUUGAUUGUUGAAGUUAAUGAGGACAAUAUAGGUUGGGUAACUUAACAUAUAGUGAACAGACGUAGUCUCAUGUAUUUAUAUAAUAUGAGUUAUAUAUAUAUAUAUCUUCUUUUUUAUUUGUAGCGGACCAUUAGAAUUUUGAGGGAGGGCAAAAUUUUUAGGGCACGAUAUUUUUUAACGUUCGAG